ACGAGGGGGAGGGAGGCAGGGAGGCAGCUCUGUUACCCCGCCUCCGGCUUCAUACCACUCGCAUUCCUUAUUCACAGAGAGAGAGAGAGAGAGAAGGAAGAAAAGAGCAAAGGAAAUAAAAGGAUCAUGGCAUUAGACAGCGUGAUUCACCGUCCUGUAACUGUACACCACGCACCCCUGAGCACCGAAUCAGCAGGGAUUAUACACAGAGGCAACACGUUGGGCUUCAGGACGAAAUGAAGCGCACUUUGCUUGUAUUUUACUGUGCGCCUGGCGAGUCGGAUCUUUUGCAGUAGACGAUGACGCUAGCGAUUUUGCGAUUUCUUCUUUAUAAUUUGUUAUACCGGUACCGUCUAAUGCAGUAGUUAUAUUAGUACUAUACUGUUACACAGGCGGACUGGGGGGUAGCGAUGUCUCAGCAUGAAAAAAGAAAACGGAACAAAACAGCCUCAUAAUAAUAUUAUUGGUAUGAGGGGGUCGUCUCUAAUUGCUAGCAGUAAUUGCUGAAUGACCUGCUGUGCGGUUCUCUUCAGGGUACAAGCGGGGAGCGUGUCCAGGGGCUAUGGAGAGGUGAUCGCUGUUUAGUGCGGGGAGAAAUAGCCUAGAUUCUGAAGGCUGACCGGAUUGUUUCUGGGGGGUGUGCGGGAUAUGGAUGCUACCUGCAUGACCCCUCGCCUGCUUUCGCGUUCUGGUGCCGAGUUCGCCCUGAACAGACCGAGGAUGGUUCGGAAGGAGUGCCUAGCAUCACCCCCGAUGCAUGCAUCCUCGCCUCCCAGGGGAGACACGGCCUCGGAGACCGAGAAAGGGUCCGUGAAAAAGCACCACCACAACCACAACCUGAAACACCGCUACGAUCUGCUGGAGACGCUGGGCAAGGGCACGUACGGCAAAGUGAAGAAAGCGAUCGAGAGGUUCUCGGGGAGAGUGGUGGCGAUCAAGCUGAUCCGGAAGGACAAAAUCAAGGACGAGCAGGACAUGGUGCACAUCAGGAGGGAGAUUGAGAUCAUGUCAUCGCUGCGGCAUCCGCACAUCAUCAGCAUCUACGAAGUGUUCGAGAACAAAGACAAGAUUGUGAUCGUGAUGGAGUAUGCCAGUAAGGGAGAGCUCUAUGAUUACAUCAGCGAGCGCAGGAGCCUGAGUGAGAGGGAGACACGCCACUUCUUCAGGCAGAUCGUGUCCGCUGUCCACUACUGCCACAAGAAUGGAGUGGUUCACAGGGAUCUGAAACUGGAAAAUGUACUUCUGGAUGAAAACUGUAACAUUAAAAUCGCAGAUUUCGGCCUCUCCAAUCUCUACCACAAGGACCGGCUCCUGCAGACGUUCUGCGGCAGCCCCCUCUAUGCCUCCCCGGAGAUCGUCAAUGGCCGGCCCUACCGCGGGCCCGAGGUGGACAGCUGGGCCCUGGGCGUGCUUCUGUACACACUGGUCUACGGCACCAUGCCUUUCGACGGCGGCGACCACAAGAACCUCAUCCGGCAGAUCAGCAGCGGGGAGUACCGCGAGCCCACACAGUCAUCAGAUGCACGUGGUCUGAUCCGAUGGAUGCUAAUGGUGAACCCAGAUAGGAGGGCUACGGUGGAGGAUAUCGCCAGUCACUGGUGGGUGAACUGGGGCUACAGUCGCAGCGUGUGCGACUGCGAUUCCCUGCGGGAGGCUGGCUCCCCUCUGCUGGCGCGCUUCAUUGACUGGCAGCACCGCUCCUCCGGCCUGCAGCCCGAGCUCGAGAACAAGCCUGGUAAACCACUCGCAGUCGCCCGCCAGCGCUCUGUGCGCAAGUCCAAGAAGGAGAAUGACAUGGCUCGCUCUCUGGAUGAUGAGGACAAGCCGGGCCUGAAGAGACCCAAGGGCAUCCUGAAGACCAGGAGCCCCGAAGAGCAGGACUCCCACAGCACCGGAGCCACAGAGGCUGCCGUUUCCGGACAGGAACUCAACUCCAGCACGACUCUGGAGCAAGAUAAAGCCAGCAGUGCCUCGCCACUGAAGAUGGUGGCCGGGAAAUCGACCACCAUGCCCAAAAAGGGCAUCCUCAAAAAGACCCAGCAGCAGCGGGAGUCAGGGUAUUACUCCUCCCCUGAAGGCAGCGAGUCCUCUGAGCAGCUAGGGGGUGGUGGGGAGUCUCCCCGAACUAACUCUGCCACCAAGAGAGCUCUGGGGAGGAAAGGGAUUUUGAAGCGCAAUGGGAAAUACUCCACCAGUGGCACACUGCCAGCCAUGGCUGGAGCGGGAGAGUCCUCUGCUGAAGGCCAUAGCUCUCCCGGGCUGCCCCGGAGCCUGAGCCGCCCCUCCAGUGUGGUGAGCGACGACAGCAUCCUGUCCAAUGAGUCCUUCGACCUGCUGGACUGGCCUGCCGGAGUGGGCUCUGGAGCAGGUGGGGGGAGAGCCAGGAUCAGAAGCUGCGUCUCAGCAGAUAAUCUGCUCCAGGUGGGGGAUUUUGGGCGACUCCAGGCCGCACCGCAGAAGCACAGGGGGAAGUUCUACCGGGGCGGCCGGCUGCUGGAGGGGGACAGUGGCAGCUUCUCCUUGCUGGUGGACAUGGACGACAUGACGCAGGUCUACCAGCAAGCCCUGGAGAUCACUGGCAAUCUGACCUAGCGAUGCGGCCGGGCACCUGGGUGGGGUGGGGGUGGGGAGGUUAGAACGACGACCGGUAGAUUGCUGGGAUUUUCUUUGUUUCGUAGCACAUCGAGCCAGUCUUUCAUUUGCAACUCACAGUUUGAAAUCAGUUCUGAAGGUUUCAGGUUGAAACUGUGACCAAAAGUUUUGCAUCACCCUAGAAUGUUAAGAUUGAGACCUAAUUAAAACAAAAAAACUAUAUGAACAUAAUUUCUGUUCAUAACACAGUUCUUUAGGGUGAUGCAAAACUUUUGGCCAUAGCUGUACACAAGAGACAUAGUUAUUAUUAAACCGCUAAAGAUGAAAAGGGUCCAUUUUUGGUUUUCUAUUUAAACAGGAAAAAGAAACAGUUGACUCCACAUAAACGCUUGUAUUGCAACCAAGGGUACUAGCGAAUUAGAACAGUAGGGAAUAGUUUCUAUUAUGCCAUUCCACUGUCAUUCCUUCCCGUCCCAUUUAGAAGUUACUAGGGAAGGACAAUGAAGCAGUGAGUACUUUUACUUUCUGUAAAGAGAGCAGGAUAAAGGCAUAUGAAGAAAGGGGAGAUUAGGAAGUCAGCCAGUUUGGAUCAGCUGGGGUCUGAAGUCUUCCGACCAGGGAGGUGGAUGAAAAAUGUGUGAGACCCGCCCCGCCCCGCCCCGGUCCUAAUGUGUAGAUGUCAUGUUGGAAUCUGGUUCAGGUCAAGGAUCACAUGACUUCCCUAGUUCAGAACCCCAGCCGGCAUUACUGUGCUGCUUGUCUAGACAGCCCUUUCCUUGAUGAAUGUCAUUUAAAACCGUGUAAUCUAAGUGCUGUAACACUGCAACCUUGACUUCCACAUGUGUGGCUGUCUGCUCUCUCUAUACGUAUCACCUUGCAGAGCAAGACAUGCUUCAGAAACAGCAGGGUGGAGACUCGGUGGGCUGGACUGGACAGCAUAGAUGAGUCUUUACAUCAGGGUGUAAUCGAUAAAAGAUAGGAAAGCUGGAGAUUGAGUUACUACUGCUUAGUAGAAGGGUUGUGGAUAUGUUGAAGGAAAGCUGCUGUCUUAUCUGGGAGAAGGCAUGAGGACUCUUCUUAUUCACCACUAUUGAUCUUUUAUCCCUCUUCCCUUGCUGCUUAUUCACCACUAUUGAUCUUUUAUCCCUCUUCCCUCGCUGCUUAUAUACCCCUUGCAUGCGUACAACCCUUUCCACUACUACACAGCUCCUCACAUUCUUGCAUUCAGCAAAUCGCCUUUCCCACUCAUUCAUAACCCAACCCAUGCAUAUACUGACAUAGCCCCUCCCCCUUUACAUAACCCCUCCCCUUUGCAUAACCCCUCCCACGUGUGUGUGUGACAUACUCUUGCCACACCUCUCCCGUUCCUCCGAAUGCCCCUCCCGCUGCAGGCGAGGUUGUUGGAGGAGAGUUGUGGAGCAGACAGGAUUGAGUAAUGUAGUAAAGUACGGAGCAGAGCAGUGAUAUUGUAGAAGGAUUAAGCAGGUAUGCAGUGGGUUUGUUGUUGUGUUAGUGAAGAAGCAGAGCUACCAAAGAAAAGCUACAAAGUACUGUAGAUGGAGGACCGUAUUACCAAAGUCAGGCAGUUCCUAUAUACUCUGUGAGCUGUUGGGACCUUCACAGACCAUGGCCCUUUCUAAGGGAUAGUGUCAAAUCUGAUUUAAAAAAAAAAAAAAAGUACAUUAUUUUAAAUUGUUCUGAAAAAUACACCAAAGAUGACAAUGCAAUAAGGUACUGUAGCACAGCAGUGUUAUGUUGUUCAAGGAAAGCAGAACAGAAAGAAGGAAUGAAUGAAUGCAUGAAUCAUUGCUAGGUAAAGUGCACCUGUCACCUCUCGUGCUGUGGCUCAGUCUCUAACCCUGGACCCCGGGGUGUUGCCUGACUGCUCCACGGGUCUCAGAAGCAGCAGGCAAUGGAACGAGCCUGCAAUCCACCCCUGUGUGUAUUAUCAGGCUUGGGGAAUUGGUUCUACUUGAUAUAAUGAAAGUCUUCAGUGAUAUUUAUACUGUGUAAUCCAGCCAUUGUUGCUGCCAGAGCAGUGGUGGGAUGGAAGUAAUGUAUGUGCACAAUAUUUAUACUAAGUAACCCGUAUUAUCUUAGAAAGCCUUGUGUAGACUGAAGCAUGUGGGCUUGUACUGGGAGCAUUACGUGGGAAGCAGAUUGAGUCCUGUCAAUAGCAGGUGUUGUUUUUGAAUUUAGUAAGAGAUCCUCGAGAAUCAUGCCAAUUUUAUAUUCUGUAGGCCAUUGCACAGCAAGUUAAGGGGCACUGGUAUAACAAUAAUACAUUGUGGUGCUGUUGCAUGGUA